AUGGCUUCCCACAGACCCAUAUGCCAGGACUUCCUCAGAGGCAAAUGCAAGAACCCGGUCUGCAACCAUGCCCAUGAAAGCCCUGCUAUGAGCUUUGCGUCAACCCAAGCCCACCAGAUCCAGCGGGCUGAAGCCAACCAAAAUCCUACUGAGACCGAACCCGACAGCAAACAAUCCCAAACACAGCUUAACAAAGAAAUGAAGGAGGAAGGUGCCCAAGGCUUGAAGAACGAACUUCCUCUCCGCCCACCUGUGGCCCCAAGGCGUAUGCUACAGACACCUGAGAUCACAGACAGCCCGGGGGGAAGACAUAACAAUGACUUCGAUGAUAUUUGUCGAAUCAAGAUCAUGCCAAGCUAUGACGAGAUACGCUGCUCUCGACCAGAAUAUCUUCCCACCGUUGAUCCUACUCAGUGGCACCUCGAAGGUGCGGAGGGGCUACUGGAUCGGAAUUUUAGAUUACUGCGAGAGGAUACAGUUGGACAGAUUCGCGAUACUGUCCGCCAUGUGAUGUUUCCCAAUGCAAAUCAGACGCCGCCUCUGCGCAGCUUUAUGCAUCGAAACGUCCGCAUCCUCAAACCGGGGGUCAACUGGCUGGCUGGUCUCUACGUUGAAGUAGACUUCCCCCAGCCCGAGGAACUCAGGUGGACCCAAAUCGCAAGCUAUCGAAAGAAGUGGUGGGAGCUUUCCAAACGCUUUUCACCCGGCGAUCUUGUGUGCCUGGUCAUUCAAAAUGAUUUGGUGCUGUUCUGUACUGUGGCGAACCAGAUCAUGCUACCCAGGCGCAAACACUCUCACGACCCUCCCCAACGAGCAGAGUCGACAUCUUUAUGGAAUGACCAGCAAAGGGCAUCUGUGAAGUUAACUUUGUUUGACUCCAGAUUCACCAACGUCCAGCUCAUUCUUGAUUUGUACGGCCUCAAGGAGCCGCCUAUGACCGUGAUUGGGUUUCCAGGCGUUCUUGUCGCCUCGUUUGAGCCCUCCCUCAGGGCACUUCAAUCCAUGAAAUCUAGCAAGAGCCUGCCAUUUUCGGAAAUUUUCGCUCCGUGGACCAAGAAGUCUUCAAUUUCUCGAAUACCUUCCCCAUUGCAGAUCUCGCCGGUCAGUCAUGCAUACAACCUUCGCUGUCUCUUGGACACGGACGUUGAUUUCUUGGUUCGCCCUGGUCAAUGUCGCCAUCCUGAGGUCGAUUACCUACAACAGCAUUCAAAUUUAGAUUAUGGUCAAGCUUAUGCUUUGAUCAAUUGUCUAAAUCGGCCUCUUGGGUUGGUGCAAGGACCACCGGGUACUGGAAAGAGUUACACUGGUGAAGCCCUAAUCAAAGUUCUACUAGCAAACCGACAAGCGGGAAACCUGGGUCCCAUCCUAUGUGUGACCUAUACAAACCAUGCCCUUGAUCAGCUCCUAGAGGCUCUUCUAGAUCACAAGGUCACAUCACAGAUUGUUCGAGUUGGGUCCCAGUCUAAGUCGGAGAAAUUGGAAGAAUUCAGUCUUCACAAAGUCUCAAGACAGGAUCUGAAAACCAAGGGUGAAAAAAGAGAGUUAUGGAGUACAUCGGAGAAACUUUCAUCAUAUGAACUCGAGUUCCAAGCCAUUGGCCUCGAAAGGGACAUUUCUAUCGACAACCUCAGGGCUCAUAUGAAGCAGCGUCAUGUCCAUCAUUACAAUCAGCUAUUCUUGGGGGUCAGCCAAUCUUCAAUGGAGUCCUGGAUAGAUCGUGGCGUGCGAAGUCAUCUCACUCCACGUUCUACGGUGGAACUUGAGAACGUCGACGCCUCUGAUAUGACUUGGCAAGAACGACUGAAUAUGUUCAAUCAAUGGCGCAAGGAGUGCCGGGAAAACGUGAACUACAGAGUGACCAAACUUGUUGAGUCUCACGCAGCUGCCAAAUCACGAUACGAAUCCGUUCAUGACAAUAUGGAUUUGCGCUGCUUGCUUGAAGCAGAUAUCAUCGGCGUUACUACAUCAGGACUGGCCCGCAGACUUGAUUUGUUCCAGCAAAUUCCAUGCAAGUUCUUGAUAUGUGAGGAAGCCGGCGAAAUCCUUGAACCGCAUCUUCUCACGGCAUUCCUGCCUUCAAUCAAGCAUGCAGUCCUGAUUGGUGAUCAGCAGCAGCUUCGUCCACAGGUCCAAAACUUCAAGCUUUCUAGAGAGAACCUCCAGGGCGGUUCUCGGUACGCAUUGGACAUUUCUUUAUUUGAACGGCUAGUCAGCUCAAACUGCUCACCCAUGUGCUGUCGAUGUUUCUACAGCACACUCACCAUUCAACGCCGGAUGCAUCCUGAAAUAUCUCUUUUGGCGCGAGAGACAUUUUAUCCCCGUUUAACCAAUUCACUUUCUGUCGCAUGCUACCCAGAGGUCCGUGGAAUGCGAAGAAGGCUCUUCUGGUUAGACCAUCGCGUACAAGAAGAUUCGUAUACACAAGGAGAUGACACAUCAACCUCGCAUUGGAACGAUUUCGAAGCCGAAAUGGCCGUCGCUUUGGUUGGUCAUCUCGUACGCCAACAAUACAACUUUGGGGACAUUGCAGUGUUGACCCCAUAUUUGGGCCAGCUCAACAGGCUGAAACAAAAACUUGCUCUGGCCUUUCCAAUUACCGUGGGAGAUCGCGACCAAGAUGAUCUUGCUCAAGCGGGAUAUGAGGGGAAAGUCUCACCUACGGCGUCGGUGGGCAAAGAACCCCAACAAGGCGCUCUCCGGGUGGCCACUGUGGAUAACUUCCAAGGAGAAGAAGCCAAGAUUGUUCUCAUAUCUUUGGUUCGAAGCAAUGCGCAAAGCCAGUGUGGUUUUCUGCGUAGUUCCAAUCGGAUCAAUGUCAUGCUGUCCAGAGCACAGCACGGAAUGUACAUCAUUGGCAAUUCGGAAACUUCACGCCAUGUACCUACGUGGGCCAAGGUCCUUUACCUUUUGGGACAAGGUCGAAAUAUCGGCCCAGCUCUGGAGUUACAAUGUCCUCGUCAUCCAAACACAGUGAUGAAUGCCUCGACGCCCAAAGUACUCAACGAGCUGUCUCCUGAGGGAGGUUGCCAGCAGCGUUGUAUACUUCCUUUGAAAUGUGCACACGUCUGUCCUCGCAGAUGUCAUUCGGAGACCCUUCAUGACGCCGUUAUUUGCCCCAUGCCUUGUCCUCGACCGCUUCGGAAUUGUGUUCAUAUUUGCCCCAAAAAAUGUGGGAUGGCUUGUCCAGACAAGUGCAAGGUCGAAAUACCCCAGAAAGGCAGAAUACCCGCAUGUGGUCACUCUAUCAAAAUCCUCCCCUGUUGGCAAAGCCAAGAUAUCUCCACAUUCAGAUGCCCACAAAGCGUGCAAAGGAAGGUUCCAGGCUGCAACCAUGUCGUCUCCACUUCAUGCUGGGUGGACGUUGAAUCAACCGGGUUCCGGUGCAGAGCUGUAUGUUCGAACAGUUUGCCCUGUGGACAUACCUGCCAAAGGGAAUGUCACCAAUGCAUCACCAGAGAAUCUGGAGGUAUCAAGACUGAUCAUGGAGCAUGCAAAGAACGAUGUAAACGGAAACAUUCAACAUGCUCCCAUACUUGCUCCCUUCCCUGUCAUGGCAGAGGUCCAUGUCCUCCCUGCCAAGAAGCCUGCAAAGCAAGUUGCAGUCAUUCUAAAUGCCAGCAAAAAUGCUCCCAGCCAUGUCCACCCUGCACAGAAUUGAAGUGUCCUUCUGGAUGCCCUCACGGAAGUUGCUCCUUGCCAUGUGCAGCCCCUUGCGACCACAAGCCAUGCUCCAAGCCAUGCGAAAAGACACUGAGAUGUGGCCACCGAUGUCCAUCGGUGUGUGGUGAAAAAUGCCCUCCAUUCUUCUGCUGUCAACUUUGUGGCAACCCACAGGUCAAGAAUCGUGAGGCGGAUCCUAUCCUGAAACAGAAGUACAGCGACAUCAACUUGAAUGAAACACCAUGUCUGUUCCCAGAUUGCGGACACUUUUUGACAAUUGAUGCCAUGGACGCGCAUAUGGAUAUCGCUAGUCACUAUGAGAUUGACGCUCAAGGCAAAUCAUUGUCUCUUCGGAACCCAUCGACCCCACUCUCCUUCCAGCGCUCCAAGCAGUGCCCUACCUGCCCGGCGCCUCUGAGUGGAAUUGCACGAUAUGCACGAAUAAACCGUCGAGCUUCUUUCGACGAGUCCGUGAAGAAGUUGAUUGUGCUCACGAACCGAGAAUUCGUUCCACUCGCUUUGGAUCUUGCUAGGAUUAUUCCUGAACUGGGUACACUGAAGCCCCAAAACGAGUCAGCAUGGCCUAUGCCGGUCGAGAUCCGCGGUACACGAUGGGAUCAGGUUAAAGCUAUGCGAGACAUUAUCAAUGAGACAAACCCUGGCAAGUGGGAUGAGAUUCUUGAGCUGCGUGAGAAAAUCGAAAGACAUCGUCGCCGAAUUCAGCCCUUCGAAGAAGCCUUUGACAACUUCCACAAACUACUGAACCGCUUUGGCCAUGGCAACACACCAAGCAGCCUGAAUACAGUCAGUGCUGGGCCCCGGACUAAAGGUCUCCUCCAAGUGAAUGCCCUCUUGAUGUGUCUAGAUCUUGCUUUACUUGCAAGCUUCUCUGCUCUGGCGAUAAAAGCGCGCGAUUCUAAGAUUCGGGUGAAAGUGCAACUUGACCUACAAACGACCAGAGACGACUGCCAAUGGAUCAUCAAUGAAGCCAAAUCUACUCACAGAAUAUUCCACCAGGCGGAGGGACACAUCUAUCUGGCAAUGGUCUAUGCCUUUGAGCGUGUGCAUUCUUCGUCGUUGAAACCGAGGAUAGUUCUCGUCGGACAAGGCCAAGAAGCCCUUGUUCAUGCUAAGGAUCUUUGCACUGCGCAUCCCAACCAGACAGAGGGACUGCCAUACCAAGUUAACUGUGUGGAUGAAAUGCUUGACCACAACCAGUUCUACGCAGUCGUUGCUAGCAAGAAGCGCCUUGCCGAUAUCUCAGCGAUGGAACAAACUCCGGAAGUGGGUGCUGAGUGGUACUACUGUCUUCAUGGACACUCGUUCGCUCGUACGAAGGGUGGAUUGGCCUUGAAAAAUGUGGUCUGUCCCGAGUGUGGAGUGCCCCUAGUGAUUCAAUCUGGCAGAGGAUAG